AUGGCUACUGUUAUUCCACCACCUUCUAAGAAGCAAAAAAGAGAAGCUCAGAAAGUCAGAGAAGUAGAUUUAAUACCUGAAGAUUUACCAAAUGUACUUAUAAAAUUCCAAGCAUCAGAUACUGGUGAAUCAACAGGAGGUUCAAUUAGAGUACCUGGAGGAAUUACUGAAAAACAAUUAGAAGAAUUAUUAAAUAAUUUACAAGGAGAAUCAGAUGAUCCAGUACCAUAUACAUUUUCUUUAUUAAAUUCAGAAGAUAAUGAUAAAUUAAUUGAUAUUAAAGAUAAUUUAUAUCAUUCAGUAUUAAAACCAGGUAUUAAAACAACUGAAGAUUUUUUAACUUUAGUUUAUACUCCAAGAGCUAUAUUUAAAGUUAAACCAAUAACUAGAUCAAAUGCAGCUAUAGCAGGUCAUGGAUCAACUAUAUUAUGUAUUGCAUUUUCUCCAAAUGAUUCAAGUCGUAUGUGUUCAGGAGCUGGGGAUUCAACUGCUCGUAUAUGGGAUUGUAAUACUCAAACUCCAUUAGUUACUUUAAGUGGUCAUACUAAUUGGGUUUUAUGUGUAACUUAUUCACCUGAUGGGAAAAUUAUAGCAACUGGAUCUAUGGAUAAUACUAUUAGAUUAUGGGAUGCUAAAACUGGGAAAUCUUUAGGUAAACCACUUGUUGGACAUUCUAAAUGGGUCAGUUCAUUAAGUUGGGAACCUUUACAUUUAGUUGGAGUUAAUGAUCAACCAAGAUUAGUAUCUGGAUCUAAAGAUGGCACAAUUAAAGUUUGGGAUACUACUAGUAGAAAUUGUGUUUUAACAAUGAGUGGACAUACUAAUGCAGUUAGUUGUGUUAAAUGGUCAGGUUCAAAUAUUGUUUAUAGUGCAUCACAUGAUAAAACUAUUAAAAGUUGGGAUAUUUCAGCUAAUGGUAAAUGUAUUCAAACUUUGAAAAGUCAUGCUCAUUGGGUUAAUCAUUUAUCUUUAUCAACAGAUUAUGUUUUACGUAAAGGUGGAUUUGAUCAUACAACUACAAGAAGUACAGAAUAUUCUCCUGAAGAAUUAAGAUCUCGUGCUUUACAAAAUUAUGAAAAAGUAGCUAAAUUAAAUGGUGUUAUCACUGAAAGAUUAGUUACUGCAAGUGAUGAUUUUACAAUGUAUUUCUGGGAACCUUUAAAAUCUUCAAAACCAAUAUUAAGAAUGACGGGUCAUCAAAAAUUAGUUAAUCAUGUUAAUUUCUCACCUGAUGGAAGAUAUGUUGUAUCUAGUUCAUUUGACAAUUCAAUUAAAUUAUGGGAUGGUAUAAGAGGUACUUUUAUAAGUACUCUUAGAGGUCAUGUUGCUCCAGUUUAUCAAACUGCUUGGUCUGCUGAUAAUAGAUUAUUAGUUAGUUGUUCCAAAGAUACCACAUUAAAAGUUUGGGAUAUUAGAACUAAAAAAUUAAGUGUUGAUUUACCUGGGCAUGCUGAUGAAGUCUAUGCUGUUGAUUGGAGUUUAGAUGGUAAAAGAGUCGCUUCUGGUGGUAAAGAUAAAAUGAUUAGAUUAUGGUCUCAUUAG